CGUUGGUUGUAUGCGAAGGCGCUGUAGUUGACCACAAACAUCUGUGUGACUUACAGAUAUCUCUUGCACUUGCAUAACCACUCACAAUGCAUGCACCCAUAACACACUUCUUCUCACACGUCUGUCUUUCCAGACGGCUAGAAAUCCAUCUAGAGAUACGCACUCUUUUAUACGCCCUUGUUUCCAAGAGAUAGUGCCAGUUCCCCAAAAGACGUCACAGGCUAUUGUUGUGCAACAUCACUUAUCACUUCUAAGUCUAUAGAAAUUUAUGCAAAUGAGUAAAUAAAGUUGGGCACGAAGCAGAACUGAGGCCACACUGAGACAAAGGACAGGAAAUGAAACAGGAUGGGGAUAUUCACCCUGGCACUGGAAUGGCAGACCUAUUGUGACGAGAAAGGAAGGCUUUGAGAGGCCACCAGUAGAGAAAACAAGUGUGUGUGUGUGUGUGUGUGUGUGCGUGUGUCAUGUUUGUGCGUGUAUGUUUGUGCGUGCAUGUGCAGGCCACAAGCACAGUGCAAUAGGCAAAGCGUGAAUGGGAGGUCUCAGGCAUUUACUGAUUUUCAUGUAGCAGUUUCAGCUGGAAACAUUCAAACAAAAAAAGAAGAAGAGUUUUUCACUUCUCCUAAAGCAGCGGUCAAAGCUGGGACGUGAGGAUGAAUGCGAGUCAGCAGAACGCCUCCAUGCAAUGUAAGCUGGACAACAAGAUCAGUUCGGUUGUCUUCCCCUGCUUGUAUUCUGCCCUCUUCCUGGCUGCCAUCGUCCUCAACUGCUUGGCUGCCUGGAUCUUCUUCCAGAUCCGCAGCAGCUCCACAUUUGUGGUGUACCUGAAGAACGUAGUGGUGGCCGACCUGCUCAUGACCCUGAGUGUUCCUUUGAAGGUCCUAACAGACGCUGGCAUAGGCUCAACAACACUGAGGGCCUUCUACUGCCGCUACACCGGCGUCCUCUUCUACACCACCAUGUACAUCAGCAUCCUGCUGCUGGGUCUCAUCAGCCUGGACCGUUACCUGAAAAUCGUGCGGCCCUUCGGAAAAUGCGCCCUGCAGCGGGUCGGUGUGGGUAAGGCGGUGUGCGCAGGGGUCUGGGUUGUCAUGGUGGCUUUCGCGCUACCUAAUGUGAUCCUGAGCAACCGUGAGUUUACUGUGGGUCGCAGCAAGAAGCUGAAAUGCAGCAGCAUGAAGAGUGAUCUGGGCCUGCGCUGGCACGAGGGAUUUAACUACUUUUGUCAGGUGGUGUUCUGGGGGACUCUGGUUGUAAUGGCUAUCUGCUACACCUUCAUCAGCAGGAAGGUAUACGAGUCAUACCGCGCCUCACGGAGCAGCUCUGGCACCGCCAGCAAACGCACCAAGUCCAAGGUGUUUGUCGUGGUGGGCGUGUUCUUUGUUUGUUUCGCUCCCUUCCACUUGGCCCGAGUGCCCUACACCCUCACUCAAACACGAGGCCCAUCCGCUCAUUGCUGGGAUCAGAAGAUGUACUUGGCAAAGGAGAUCACACUCUGGCUGUCAGCCACCAACAUUUGCCUGGACCCUCUCAUCUACGUCUUCCUGUGCCGAGUCUUCCGCAGGAGAUUAACAGCUACCCUCUGCCGCAAGCCUUUAGCCAAUGGAGGGUUCGAGUCCCCUACAGAGACAUCGACCAAGCAGGAAAUGUCUCAUAUGAGUCAUUAUAACAAUGCUAAUGAGUUCCGCUCACAUUAACAUCAUCAUAUACAUGGAAGUCUGGUCACAAUACACUGGUUUGGAGUUGACUGGACCGAAUAACAUUAUGCCAGAACUUCGAGUCAUUUUAUAAAAUUAGAUUUAUACUGCACAUAACUGUAGUUGGUUGAAAUGUCUGUGAAUAGAUCUUAUAGCUGGGUUUGUUUUCCCACCAUGAGCUGUUUUUAUUUAAUCAUUUUUCAGAACACAAUACACCAAUUUUACUCAGUUGAUGCGUAUUAGUCGAGAAUACAAAAUUUACACUGAUUUAGACUCUAUUUAACAUUCUUUCAUGAUAAAACCGUGGACUAAAGAUUUGUAUUCAUAAUUUCUGUAGGGGGAGACACGGUGGCUUAGUGGUUAACACGUUUGCCUCGCACCUGCGGGGUUGGGGGGUUUGAAUCCUGCCCCUGCCCUGUGUAUGUAGAGUUUGCAUGCUCUCACCAUACUUUGGCAGUUUCUUCUGGGUACUCCAGUUUCUUCCCACAGUCCAAAGACAUGCGUUGUAGGCUGAUUGUGUGUGAAUGAGUGUGUGUGUGCGAUUGUGCCCUGCGAUGCGUUGUCACCCCAUCCAGGGUGUACCCCGCCUUGUGCCCUAAGGUGCCC